GCAACGGCUAGCGUUUCCGCAAGUUCUUCUCUCUCUCUCUCUCUCUCUCUCUCUCUCUCAUCAGUUCGUUUCCUCCACAGACAUAUUCACAGGGAGGGACACUACACUACGCCAGGUACAGGAUUUCCCCCAAUCCCUGCUCGUUUCUUUCUACCUAGUUUGUAGCAGAGUAACAGUCACGAUCCAAACGUCCCUCACAGAUCUAGCAAUCGUUUCACUCCAAGGUAGGAGGGGCUUUUCUUGAAACUAGGGCACCAAAUCCCACAUCACGUUGAUAUUUCUUGGGCACAAAAAUGAAGGAUUCGAUAGCUGAUCAAGUUACCCCUACAGUAGCGGAUUCGGUUCCUCCUCUACCCCCCCCUCCCAGUCGCCAUCAGCGGCCUAGGGUUAGGGAAGUCAGCUCCAGGUUCAUGUCUUCCAUCGUCCCCUCUUCUCCCGGUGAUCUUCACCAUCACCAAAACCAUCAUCACGUGCCCAAAUCCCCCAUCUCCAAGCACACUCCAAUGCCAACUCCUGAAAUCCACUCGCGGCCCCUGCAACGCUCCAAAUCCGCGCAGAGGCAACGCGGAGGAGGUGGAGGAGGGCAGGAGAUAGAGGCCGCGGAGCCCUUGUCGAGUCGUGCCGCGGAUGACAACAACAUACAACAACUUGACACCUCUAGGAGCUUGGAGUCUCCACUGAAAGGACUCCAUAGUGUUAAAGGGUCAGUUGUACAGAGGAAUAAUAAACGAGGUGCUUCGGUUAAACUAAUUUUCAAGGAGAACAAUGGAGGUAAAUCUGAGCAUCAGCAAUCAGAGGUCUUGCGUCGAAGGGGUGGAAAUUUUACCACCCCCUCGAGACCUGACACGCCUACGGUGAGCACUACUAGUACUGGCACGGAUCAUAGGGUUGUUUCGUCUAGGUUUAGACUAUCGGGGACUGUCCAAAAGGGCAUUAACAUUACCACUGCCACGGCUGCUGCGAAGCUGUUGCAAUCGAGUGGGAUGAUGUCGUCCUCGUUCAAUGCUGCUCAACUUCCUCCCAAUCCCCAUGCUAGUAAUAGUAAUGGAAAUGGGGGUACAUUGGGAAGAGAAAACGAUACAUGUCCCACUCCUUCAAACCCUUCUUCGGAUUGUGGCCUCGGUUCUGACAGUGAGGAGGAUGUUGUGCAGCAAGACAGCAGGUUGCGGUCUUCGUUACCGGAGGUGGAUGUGUCCACUAGAUUGUUGGGGGAUAGAAGUUGCACUAUGGGUAAUAAUGCCAUUGGCUGCAAUUCGUCCAAGUUCUCUGCUUCUUCACCUUGCUCCCGUUCGCUUAACUUGCCACUCUCAAGUUAUGAACAUUCCUCCUCCCUCUUGCAUACUGUUGGAAGAGCCGGUGAAAAACCCACCAAACCCUUGGGAAAUUCUGGAAAGAUGGGAAGCCUUUGUCUGCCUCCGCUUCCGUGCCCAAAGGCGGGAGGAGAUUUGAAGAAGGGAAGGAAGGAUUCAAGUCAUGUAGAACAGGUGCAUUCUCUGAAAUUGCUUCACAACCACCACCUGCAGUGGAGAUUUGCAAAUGCAAAGGCAGAGGCCUCCAUGCAUGCCCAGAGAAGGGAAACUGAGAGAGAUCUUUAUUCUCUUCAAGUCAAAAUAUCAAAUCUGUGUGAUGCUGUGAAAAGGAAACAGAUCGAACUUGGGCUAUGGAAACGAACACAAACUCUAUCCACGAUUCUUGAAGCUCAUAUGCCAAAUCUUGAUGAAUGGUCCACUUUGGAGGGGGAGUAUUUAUCAUCCUUAUCAGGAGUAAUUGAUGCUUUGGUCAAUGCCUCCCUCCAACUUCCAGUUGGUGGAAAUGUGCAGGCUGAUAUAAAAGAAGUGCGGGAGGCUUUGAAUGCAGCAUUAAAAAUGACAGAAAGUAUAUGUUCACAUAUCCAAAACUUUGUGCCAAAGGCUGAAGAAAUGGAUACUUCUAUUUCAGAACUAGCGAGGGUGAGCGGUGGAGAAAGAGCUCUCGUUGAAGAGUGUGGACAUCUGUUGUUUAAGACAUACACAUCACAGGUUGAAGAAUGCAGCUUAAGGGGGCAUCUAAUUCAAUUACACAGCAGCAACCAUCAUCCAAGGAAGAGUGAGCAUUUUUGUCAGAAAUUUUGAAAUGGUGAUACAUUCAUUGAUUCUAUGAGCUUAAUAAGCCUUUUGGGCAAUUCGUUGCCAUUGUAAGUAUGAAAACUUCAUUGAAUUUUAAUUUUUUUCCUGCAAGCAGAAAUGAGGGUAAUCUUUGUCAUGCCAACUCUCUCUUCUUCAGAUACUUGUGUAAUGCCUAGAACAUCUACAUUGAGUUGAGCAUUAGCCUCAUGCUGAGCAUUA